GUGUCCAGUGGGUGAGAGGGGGGAGACCAGCCACACUCAACGGACAAGCCGGUGCGCGCCUCCGGUAAAUGACGCCCACCAUUCAUACCUUUACACUUACCUAUUUUGAAUAUAUAUAUAUGUAUGUGCAUAUAUAUACAUAUAUAUAUAUCGCAUGAGUGCGCGGAAGAGGGAGGCUCACCACCUCCUCUACCGUUUUCUCUACCUCUAGUCAUCCUCUCUCGACGGCAUCACCAUCCGUCCUGGACGCUCCCCCCCCACCCCCCACCCCCACCUCGGUCCUUGCUGCAGCGGUGCACAAUCUGCCCUUUCCGCCCCCCCUCCCAACCCAGCGUUGCAUCUGAAUGACGGGCGGAAGGUUCGACUUCGACGACGGAGGCACUUACUGCGGGGGUUGGGAGGAUGGCAAAGCCCACGGACACGGCAUCUGCACCGGACCUAAGGGCCAGGGGGAGUACGCGGGCUCGUGGUCGCACGGCUUCGAGAUAGUCGGCGUGUACACCUGGCCCAGCGGGAACACCUACAAGGGAUACUGGUCACAGGGCAAGAGGCAUGGGCUCGGCGUGGAGAAUAAAGGCAAGUGGAUCUACCGCGGGGAGUGGAGCCAUGGCUUCAAGGGGCGCUACGGCGUCCGGCAGAGCCACAACACACCUGCGAGGUACGACGGCACCUGGAGUAACGGGCUCCAAGAUGGAUAUGGCAUUGAAACGUACGGCGAUGGAGGCACCUAUCAAGGCCAGUGGAUGGGCGGCAUGCGUCAUGGCUACGGAGUGCGGCAGAGUGUCCCGUAUGGGAUGGCGACUGUCAUCCGCUCGCCACUGCGUACGUCCAUGGCUUCCCUGCGCUCAGAGCAGAGCAACGGCACCGUGCUCCAGGACCUCUCCUCCCCCACGGACACCAUCACAGGCAACCGCGGCGGCUUCGUGCUCAACUUCCACUCGGACAGCGAGGUGGUGACGGGCAAGAAGAAGGGCCUCUUCCGCCGCGGCUCCCUCUUCGGGAGCCUCCGGCAGCUGCGCAAAUCCGACUCCCGGACCUCCAUCUCCAGCAAGCGCAGCUCGGCGCGCAGCGACGCCACCAUGAGCCGCAUCAGCUCCAGCGACGCCAACUCCACCAUAUCCAUCGGCGAUGGCGAGCUGCAAGACGAGGACCUUCUCCUGGAGGACCACGUGGACGCCACCACCACCGAGACCUACAUGGGCGAGUGGAAGAACGACAAGCGCAACGGAUUUGGCGUUUCGGAGAGAUCCAACGGGAUGAAGUACGAGGGGGAGUGGCUGAACAACAAGCGCCAUGGUUACGGCUGCACAGUUUUCCCAGAUGGCACCAAAGAAGAAGGGAAGUACAAAAAUAACGUGCUGGUGCGUGGAAUAAGGAAGCAGCUGAUUCCUCUCAAGAAUCCCAAAACCAAAGAGAAGGUGGAUCGGGCCGUUGAAGGGGCGCAGAGAGCUGCGGCCAUCGCCAGAAGUAAAGUGGAAAUAGCUUCUUCCAGGACGGCCCAUGCCAGGACUAAAAGCGAGGCUGCGGACCAGGCCGCCCUCUCUGCCGUGCACGACGCCGAAAUUGCCAGAUCGGUAGCGAGGGAGCUGGCGCCCAACUUCUAUCAACCAGGGCCGGACUACAUAAAGCAGCAGUUUAAAGAGCCGGUGGAGAUUAAAGAGGUUCCUGUUGAAAAGAAGGACGGCUCGCCGAGAGAUUCUCCCCACUUCUAUCGCAAAGGUACCACUCCUCCUCGUUCCCCGGUGAACAGUCCCGGGGGCUCGCCUCCCCCCUCGCCUCACUCCAGCAAGAAGAAAGGUCAUCUCGCCAACAGCAACGGCCGCAAAACGAGCAAGGAAGAGAAGUCGGCUCACAAAAGCAGCAAAGAUGAACGUUCAAGCAAGAAGCCGAGCAAAGAGGAGAGGUCGUCCGUCCCCGACGGCCCUAAGAGUUGUCAUAUGCACAUCGAGGCCCCCCCUAAACCUGCUAAACUUCAGCAGCCGAGCCCGCCUUCCGCUGCCCAAACUCCUGCCAACGCUCCCGCACAACCUCCUGCCAUCCCGGUCAACGGCCAGCUCCACACCGAGUACCACAGCUACUACGUCAAGGCCCCCGUCAAAGGCCCUCCACCCCCUGAUCCAGAGGAGGACCCCGAGGAAGAGCCUAGCGCCCUGGCCCUGGCACGCAUGCCACCGCAAUCCAGGUCUUUCAGCACCCCGACACCGAAGCCGGCCUCCAUACGGGACAGCAAGGGCGACCCGAAACUCAGGAAGCAAGAUUCUUUAAAGCCAAAGAGCCUCGCUGACACAAAGAAAGCCAGCAUGGAGAUUGCAGAAAGCUCGGAGGAAACAGGUCCUAACUCCAUCCUGGUUGCUAUGGUGAUGCUGUUGAAUAUCGGCCUUGCGAUUAUAUUUGUCCAUUUUCUGACAUGAUAGUGCUCGUUCUCAGUUUGUGUUUGCAGUGAAAAGACGGCAAGCUAUGCAGCUGCAUCGCCGUCCUUUUGGGGGGGGGUGGGGGAAAUGGCGCCAACGAGUCCGAGCGGUGGCCGGAGGUGUUUGGUUGAGAGCGUGACGCCGAGAAGAGAACGGAGAGGGAGAUGGCGUCACGACCACCGCCCCCGCCAAAUUCCUCUGGAAAAAUCUGAGGUGCAUCGCCGUGUCUCGUAAGUUUAAACAAACCAAUCAAAACCUAGUCCGAGUCAUUUGAAAACCCGCUCGAGGCGAGGCGAACCGGGCCGGGCCGGAGAGGAGGAGGAGGAGGAGGAAGAAGAGGAGGAGGAGGCCUGACGGACUUUGCUGCUAGAAGAGAGCGGAGCUGCACUUUUUAAGAUGACGGGAGCAAACAGCUGCCUUUCUAUUUUGCCAUCAAGAGGAGGAGGUGAGGAUGGUGGGAUGGGGGUGGCGGGGUGGGCGGGGUCUCCCGCCGCUUUGUACGACAGGAAGCUGGCCUGUUGCUAAGCUGUCAGUGCUAGCACGCUCACUCGCCAGUCUUACCUUCCCUUCACUUGUCCAAAUACUGCUUCAAAACCACCCUCGCUCUCAUCCAUUGCAUGAACACUUUCUUUUCAUCUUCCUUACUCUUCUUUUAUUUUGAACCCCCCCCAACCCCGCCCCCCACGCCAAUUGUCAUAUAAGUGCAAUAUGUUCUGCUUUUUCAAUAUUUUGCCAAAACAAAAACAAACGUUGUCAUUAUUGAAGUCAUUGAAAGAGACUGAACAGGAAGCGAGCGUGCUGAUUGACAGCUGGCGAAGGAAGUUUAUUGACGCCAGCCGUCCAGAGUGAUGUCUUAUUGUGUUAUUUAUUGAAAUCAGAACGACUUCCUGUACGGGCUCGUCGUCUCCACUGUCCUCCAACACUGCUUGCAUGCCCGGCAUCCAAACAGUACUUUAGCUUGAUGCUGUGGGGUUGGGGGGUCGGACAGGAUGCCUUUUAAAAGUCUUUAACAGUACCGUGUACCUCAUGAAAAGAUGAGGAAGCGCGGGGGGGUGGGGGGUGUUGAGAGAUGCCAUCCUUGUCUUAAUAUUGUGCGGGAUACUCGUCACCUUGAGUCGUGCUUUUUAAUGAGUUAACUUGCCUCAUUUGUGGUCUCUGUUGCAGCUAAGGCGAGCGUUUCUUUGACUUUUCAAGGACAAACGUAACGUGGUCAUUGAUUUGAUUUAUUGUCGUACAUUUCUGAACACUGCUCGCAAUCAGCUGUGGGGAAAAGGAAUGAUCAGUGAAUCUAUUCAUCGUCAACAGGGGUGCACGAUAACUGGCGAGCCGUAUGAAGUCAUACCGCUAAAUCGGGUAACAUUAAAAAUAGCUCAGAUAACCGAUCAUUUAAAAAAAAAAAAAAAGCUCCACUGAGGAGAGAUUCAAACAAAAUCAAGCGUGUUAGUUGUACCAAA